AUGCUGCAGCCCGCAACGUCGGGCGCUUCGCCAAACCUAGGCGAGCAGGCUUCGCUCAUGGAAGGGGAAACAACACUUCCACCGGCAGCAUGGAGACCGUCGUGGUGUAUCCGCAAGUCUCCCAGGUGGAUGAUUGCAGCAGCGCUUGCUGUUUUUCUGGUGGGGAGUGCCUUGGCUUCGUGGACCCGAUUAGGGACGCAGUCGAGCACUCCUACCGGCGAUGAAGUUUCCUUUCUGGAGCAAGCGGAAGUUCUGAAGAAAGUAGUUUUGUACCAGAAGGUGCGGCUCCUUACCAACCUUACAGAAGAAGAACUUCAGCGGCACAAGAUUGACGUCGUCUCUUUGCCUCCAGCCGGACCGCUCUUCGUGCAGCAGAAGGAAACGAGGCUCAUUGCCAGAAAAUUGGGGUACAAAACCUCCUACAGCGACACGGACAACACCAUCACCCUCACCCGGGAGACCCGCAAGGAUGUCUUCGUUCGUGUCAGCGUGUGUAUCACAGAUGUCACGCUGGCAGCAUUGAAGAUGAUGUCCGCAUCUAUACAUGUCUGCAACUUGCAGACUCCCGAAUCUGAAGAUGCAAACUGGGAGAAGGUUUGGACUGGCAACCGCCGGCUCAGAGACGUCUCCGAGCCUCGACGCUUGGCUUUCAACGUGCCUCAGUCUUCUGUCAAGGGCCAAAGUGUUCAGGAAGCCAAGAUGUCCUGCGCUUCUCAAAUCAACGGUAUCAUCUCCAGUUUUUUGGCUGUGAGCCAGUACGUUUCCGAUACAGUCACCAGUUGCCCAGCGCCGAACGACAUUCCUAGAGGUUCCGAAUAUCCAGCGAGAUGCAGCAUGGGCAUCAGCGUGCUGACAUCUGGCGCAACGAAGUCCGCCUCUGCCCUCAGCGAUAUAGCUGUGCAGUGCGCAGACCCCACCAACGGUGACAUUCCCUACUCCAAGGAGAUUGACCCCGAUCGGGCGCCACAAAACCUUGCAGCUUGCCUAAACAACAUCGGGCAGGCCAUUGACUACAUCGUCAAGGUUGCCUACCAGCUCAAUUCUCUCGCAACGGAGCCAGGUGGCGACAUAUUUGUCUGGUGCUGCCAGCGGCUGUGGGAGAACAACCUUGGUUCCCAUGGCAUGUUCAUCCCGCCUUGCAGCGACUGUCACAGGAAUGUGACCUUUGUGUACAGCAAUGCCAGUCGGCGGCAGCGCAUCGAUGCAAUCGCGAGCACUCUCAUGCCACCCAUGGUGGUGGAGGCGCAAGCAGUUCGUCUCAGGUGCAAGUCAACUUUGGUAGACAUGGGAGACUGCUGCGAGAUCCACUAUGAGGUGAAGAAGGAGAAGACAGACCAAAGUCGGAUUCGGAUCACCGCCCUUACCAUGAUUGAGUCCGUGGGUGCUGGUGAUUGGACCAAGGCACCGGAAGUGACCCUCAUGUUGGAGCUUUUCUCCGGGGAUCGCGAGGUCUGCCGCUCCGCUGCUAAGGCCGCCGAGCGCAUCGCCUGCCAAGAGAAAGGCUUGGAUGUACUCACGGAGCGAGGCGCCAUACAACAGCUCCUGCAGGUGUGGUGCGCGCAUCGCAAUGACACCUCCUUGGCGGUGCAUGUUCACAACAUCGUGGCCCGCUUCUGGGAGCGUGCUAGUUGCGACAAUCAGUGGAUCUGCCUUCCUGCGAACCAGGCGGCAGGUAAAGCCCUACUCACCUCGGGGCAGAAUGAAUGGCUGGCAGAAGCACACAAGGCGGCAGUCAAGCUUCACGAGAAGGGCUUCACCACGGCCGCCAUGGAGAUGUACCGCCAGUGCAUCGAGCAAUUCAAUAAAGAUGUGGGCGAGGACCAUCAGUGCACGCUGCAGGCCAAGAACAACUUUGCCGUGCUCCUAGAGGAGUGCCAGCAAUUCCAAGAGGCCGAGAAGAUGCACAUCGAGGUUUGUAAGCAGUUCGAGACGAAAUUCGGGGCCGAGCACGGGGAUGUCACAUCCUCCAAGUUCAACCUCGCAGCGCUGCGGGCCAAGAUGGGCAACCUCGAGGAAAGUGAGACCAUGUACAAGCAGGUGCUCGAGGUGCGCGAGCGCACCCUUGGGCCGCAGCACUCCAACACGUUGCGAGCCAAGGCAAACCUCGCGGAUGUCAUCCGUCGCCAGGGGCGUCUCACCGAUUCUGAGCAGAUGCUGAAGAACCUGGUGGAUCAAUACCACAUCUCCUUCGGCCGGGACGACCCUCACACUCUGAAGGAUCGGGCGCAC